GAACCAGGAGCUCCUGUUGGGGUAAGGAGUACCCUGCAGAAGUUUGUGUUCUUUGAGGUACUGAGGACUUUGGAAAUCCUAAAUGGCCAAGCUACUGCAAUCUCCACCCAAGUUCCUUCCCGCCGAGUGGUAUAUUGCUAACAAAAGCCAGUACCACAGGGCAGAGGCCCAAAGGUCCCGAUCUGAACGCCUGGUGGCAGAGAGCCAGAGGCUUGUGGAAGAAAUUGAGAAGACCACCAGGAAGUCUCAGAGCGAUGUGAACAAGAAACUUGAGCAGAGACUUGAAGAGGUCAAGUUCUGGAAGAAGGAGUUGGAUGACAAACUCGAACAUCUUGUGAACGAGACAGAAGAUCUGCUCACAUACAAGAUUCGCCUGGAGAGAUCCCUGGAGAGCUACAAGGAGCCCCUGCAUAUCACGGAGAAGUGCCUGGCCUACAGGGAGAAGCGCGUGGGCAUAGAUCUGGUGCACGACGUGGUGGAUCAGGAACUGCAGAAGGAGGCUGAUAUCAUCCACGGAGUCAUGAACCUGCUUACCCGCACGGUGGAAGAAGCAACAGAGCAGAUCAGGCUGAACCGCUCUGCCAAGUACAAUUUGGAAAAGGAUUUGAAGGAUAAGUUCACGGCCAUAACUAUUGACGACAUCUGCUUCUCGCUCAACAAUAACUCACCAGAUAUCAAAUAUUCUGAGAAUGUUGUGAGAAUUGAGCCCAACUCAGUGAGUCUGGAGGACUGGCUGGACUUCUCCAAUACCAAUAUGCAGAAGGCAGACAAACAGCUGAACAACUCGAUGGCGCUGAAGACCCUGGUGGACCAGAUCCUGUCCCAGACAGCUAAUGACCUGCGCAGACAGUGCGAAGUGGUAGACACGGCAUUCGUCAAUGGGCUGAAGGAGACCAAGGACGCCAGGAACAAGCUGGCUGAUCAUCUGGCCAAGGUUAUGGACGAAAUUGCUUCCCAGGAAAAAAACAUCGAGGUCCUUGAAAAUGCCAUCACUCAGCAAGAAGGACCGGCUAAGGUAGCACACACACGCCUGGAGAACAGGACCUACCGGCCUAACGUGGAGCUGUGUCGAGAUGUCGCUCAGUAUCGGCUGAUCAGGGAGGUUCAGGAGAUCAAGCAUAAUGUUGCCAGGUUAGAGGAGACCUUGGCCCAGGCUCAGAUACAGUUGAAGGCUCUGUUCCGCAGGCAGCUGGCCCUGCAGGAGGAGAUCCAGGUUAAGGAGAACACCAUCUAUAUCGACCAGGUGCUGUGUAUGGAGAUGAGGAAGUCCAUCCCACCUCGAGACGGCGACGACCAUGGGGCCUGGGAGGGGGGCAUCCGCGCAGAGGCCAUCUGCUGAUACGAGCCAUUCAGAUCCUUAUUAAACUGUAUCAUCAGA